GCCUCUGACGAAAGCCAAAAGGUGAAGAGUAUUUCUGCUGACCACAAGAUUGAAAAGCAUGACCAUCAAGAUAAUUUAACAUCGCUGGAAAGCGACUGCAUUCUGCUUCCUCACGAGAGAGUUGGCAGUGAAUUUUCUUGGCUCAAGGAAAAAAGUCAGGAGGACAUCUCUGUUCAGAAAGCCAACGAGCUGGAUGACGAAGAGUCUUUCUUGUAUGGCGGUGAAGCAUCUUCUCAGAAUGGAGGGCAUGUCAAAGUGGAAAAAAAUUAUUAUUCUAGUGUUGGCAGUCACAAGAACAUGUUUCUGUUCAGUGGGUUCAGUAAUGUGGUUGAUCCUAAAAUCCCCCAACAGAUGGCUUUAUCUACUGUUUCCUCUGUCAGUCUGGACAGUAUGGAGUGUGAGAAAAUCAAGAAUAUAUUAAAUAGCCUAGGUGGAACAUCAGAUAUUGGCAAGAUGUUGAGGACUCAAGUCCAAAAGGAGGGCAAUGAUGCGUCUCCUGCACUAUUCAGUUCAGACACAGCGGCGGCAACACUGAAUGAGCCAAGUGUACGGAAAGCUCUGGAGUCUCUGCAGUCUCUGAUCAAAGCAACAAAAGAAAAACAGUCAAAAAGUAACGAUCAGUCCCAGACUUCCUCUGUUAAAACGAAGGCAGGUGACCACGAAGAGAAGAAAAGAGCCAAAAUGAGAGAAAUAGAAACCUUAGCGAAAGAACUGGAGGAGUUGCUAAGGCAGGAAGGACUGGGUUUUAUCUCGGCAGUAACAGGGUUCUAUUGCCAGAAAUGUGAAGAGUUCAUUGGAGAUUUGAAUUCUGCUGAGAGACAUGCAACAAUCCACCAAACUCAGUCCGACAAGCAUGCUAAAGACAGCAAAGACCUUUGCCACUACCUGAGCAGGACCACCAGCCAACGUUCAACUUCCAGAAGUGACAUGGAGCACAAACAGAACUGGAGAGAUGAGAAGGAAUACAGAAGCACACACCACGACAGCAGGUCUGAGCAGGGAAAUAUCUGCUUAAAAGAAGAGAUGAAGAAGGAGAGGAUGCUCAUAACGGUUAGCCGAGGACUGACACCUCCAUCUCUAGACGUCCCAGUGAAACAGGAGAACAAGGAGCACGGGAAAGCCAAAGACAAAAGAGAAAGCAAGGAUGAAUUUCCCAAAACCAGCAGAGACAAACGUAAGACGGAAAAACACGAGAGCAGUGACAGCAGUGACAAUGAAAAAUCCCCUAAAACAAAACAUUCCAAAAAGAAGAAAAAGAAAGAGAAAAAGAAGAAGAAGAAGGAAUAAGGUUUGUAGAGUGUCUCAGGAGAAAUGCUGACCUGCUGCUGCAACUCAGCAUUUAGAACUUUAGGUCUUCAAUUUCCCCCCAGAAAACUGCUUCUCUAUUUCUUUUAUUGUUUUUGUUAGUUUAAUCUCAAGACAGGAACGAUUCCAAAUCUUUUCAGAUUCAGUCAGGUGUGUUGAGUCUCCUUGUUGGCUCUGAAGCAGAGAAGAAGAAGAGGGGGAAGUGCCUGUGUGAGAACAGACAGGGAUGUUGCUAGGAGAUGGAUGAUAUUUUCAGAUGUUUGUCUUUUUGUCUCUAAUCCUCAGACUAUAGUUUUAACAGAACUUGUUUGCCUGUUAGGUGUUGGCUCACGGUAAGUAGAACUCCAAAACGUCAUGCUGUCCCAACUUUCCGAUUCCAUCUUGUGAACACAUUAACCUGCACUGGUUCUAAUUCUUUCCUCUGCUCUUAUUUUUAUUGAAACUCAAACAUGACACACAUAUGCGUCUUGUGAUAUUGUUAAUAAAGAAAACAAAUGUUUGCCUUUUUAAUAAAAUUUGUUAAGUCAGACGUAA